CCAAAUUUUCGCUUAUUGGUCCAAAAGAAGGGAAGUAAAGAGAAGAAACUCGAAACGCUGAGCCUUAACCAUGAGCUUAAUCAAGAAACCGGGAUGGGAUGGAGUUGCGGUGAAUCGAGGAGAUGGUCGCGAUGGGGUAGUCUCUGCUGGUCAAGAAGAAUGUGUUCAGCCAGCUCCUUUUGGACCCUUACCAAAGGGAUAUGUAUGGGAUCGCCUAUCUGUCUCUACCAGCGGUGUUGGACGUCCUCUCUGUGCAGUUCCUAUGUGUUGUAUUAUUUGCAGCAAGUUUUUAGAGCACAUGACUGAAGACUGCCCUCAUUUGCAUGAUGAGAGUUACAGCGAUCGCCGUUGGAAGGUUUUUCAUGCCCCUUUUGUUGUUAAAACCGCGGCUGAUAUUUUAGAAGAGAGCUUCAUUGAUGAAAUAGAUCCAGAAGAUGCUCCUUUCCCCACUGAUUCCAAGAAGCAUUAUGAAUUUUGAUAAUGUAAUUCUACUUUUGGUGAUACUUUUCAUGUUGUUUUAAUAUUUUAUUAAUAUUUUAUGAGGUAUCAUGGUAUAAAUUUAA